GGCCGCGGGGACAGAACCCUGCCCCCCCACACACACACCCAAAGCCCCUCUCGCCACUACAACGGGCUGGAGGGAACCCCGCUCCCCGGCUGCUCUUCGCGCCCCAGGAUCAGCCUUGGCCCCCAAAAGCGCAGCGCACAAAUCCACGUAACCUGAGGACAAUGGAUGCUGAUGAGAGUCAAGACAUGUCCCAAGUUUCAGGGAAGGAGAGUCCCCCUGUCAGUGACACGCCAGAUGAUGGGGAUGAGCCCAUGCCUGUCCCAGAAGACCUUUCCACCUCUGGGGCCCAGCCGAACUCUAAGAGCGAGCGAGGUGUGGUUACAUAUGGGGCUGAUGGCUUUAGGGAUUUUCAUGCAAUAAUUCCCAAAUCUUUCUCUCCCAGUAAUGUUAAAGUAGAGACUCAGAGUGAUGAAGAGAAUGGGCGUGCCUGUGAAAUGAAUGGGGAAGAAUGUGCGGAGGAUUUACGAAUGCUUGAUGCCUCAGGAGAGAAAAUGAAUGGCUCCCACAGGGACCAAGGCAGCUCGGCUUUGUCAGGAGUUGGAGGCAUUCGACUUCCUAACGGAAAACUAAAGUGUGAUAUCUGUGGGAUCAUUUGCAUCGGGCCCAAUGUGCUCAUGGUUCACAAAAGAAGCCACACUGGAGAACGGCCUUUCCAAUGCAACCAGUGUGGGGCCUCCUUCACUCAGAAGGGCAACUUGCUGCGCCACAUCAAGCUGCACUCGGGUGAGAAGCCCUUCAAGUGCCACCUCUGCAACUAUGCCUGCCGCAGGAGAGACGCCCUCACUGGCCACCUGAGGACACACUCUGUUGGUAAGCCUCACAAAUGUGGAUAUUGUGGCCGAAGCUAUAAACAGCGAAGCUCUUUAGAGGAACAUAAGGAGCGCUGCCACAACUACCUGGAAAGCAUGGGCCUUGCAGGCACGCUGUACCCAGUCAUUAAGGAAGAAACUAAUCACAGUGAGAUGGCAGAAGACCUGUGCAAAAUAGGACCAGAGAGAUCACUUGUGCUGGACAGACUAGCAAGCAACGUCGCCAAACGUAAGAGCUCUAUGCCUCAGAAAUUUCUUGGGGACAAGUGCCUGCCGGACAUGGCGUACGACGGCGGCAGCUACGAGAAGGACGAGGUGAUGACGUCGCACGUGAUGGACCAGGCCAUCAACAACGCCAUCAGCUACCUGGGCGCCGAGUCGCUGCGCCCGCUCGUGCAGACGCCGCCGGGCGGCGCCGAGGGGCUGCCGGCCGUGGGCCCGCUCUUCCCGCUGCACAAGGCGCACGCCGAGGGCCCGCCGCGCCCCAACCACGCGGCGCUCGACGGCGGCGCGGGCGCCGUGGAGAACUUGCUGCUGCUGUCCAAGGCCAAGGCGGCGUCGUCGGAGCGCGACGCGUCGCCCAGCCACAGCGGCCACGACUCCACGGACGACACGGAGAGCAACGCGGACGAGCAGCGCGCCGGCCUCAUCUACCUGACCAACCACGUCGCGGCGCACGCGCACGCGCACGCGCGCAACGGGCUGGCGCCGCGCGACGAGCCGCUGCGCGCGCCCGAGAACUCGCCGGACGGCGUGCGCGUGCUCGGCACGGGCGGCGAGCCGCUGAAGGUGUACCGCUGCGAGCCGUGCCGCGUGCUCUUCCUGGAUCACGUCAUGUACACCAUCCACAUGGGCUGCCACGGCUUCCGGGAUCCCUUCGAGUGCAACAUGUGCGGCUACCACAGCCAGGACAGGUACGAGUUCUCGUCCCACAUCACGCGCGGGGAGCACCGCUUCCCCAUGAGCUAAGCCCAGCCCGGCGCACCCCGGGCGCCAGGACCGCUGCCGCACUC